AUCCAUCGCGAAUUCAAACAUCUCAAUAAAGGAAUAAAGGCGUGGAGAGAAAAAUCAAAAAAAUCAUUUAUGACAUCUAGUAUUUGCGCGUAGUCCAUGGUCCAUCAUCGACUACGUGACGUUCGUUCGAAGAAAAGUCUAGCAUCGGUGAUAAGAUGGCGGUGUCGCGCACGUCAGAUCUGUUGGGUUGAUGGAGAGGGACGCAGGGCGGAAGAGGAGAGGACAGGAAGAGGAGAUAGACGACAGGCACAGGCACAGACAGGCAGGCAGGCAGGCAGAACAGACGGGUGAGAGGCACGAGAGCCUGUGUCGUCGUCGUGUAUGUACAUGCCUUCGUAUAGAGCGUGCGGUGUCGAGUCCGAGUGUCGUCAUGUCCUCGCGUAGCCGCGUUACCGUAAUAAUAUCGUGGCAGUCUUGCAACGAGGCGGCGCAAGUCGAUUCUCGAUUCGCGUGAUCCGUCUCGCCGCUUCUCGCUCGACAGUUCCGACUCUGCGUAACGUCGUCGAUGCCUUUGUUCGCGGCCGGACGGAGGAGGACGGGCGCGGAUUGUCGUCGCGACGAGGCGAGGAAGAACGGGAGGACGAGGACGAGGACAACGACGACAAGAGGAAUCUCACUUCUUUAGCCUAGCUGGAGGAGGAGGCGACGGCGUAGAAGGAGGCGCGGAGGAGCCGACGACGACGACGACGACGAGAUGCGCGAGUUCAAGGUGGUGGUUCUCGGCUCGGGCGGGGUGGGCAAGAGCGCGCUCACCGUACAAUUCGUAUCCGGCUGCUUCAUGGAAAAGUACGAUCCGACGAUCGAGGAUUUCUACCGCAAGGAGAUCGAGGUGGACAACUCGCCGUGCGUGCUCGAGAUCCUCGACACCGCCGGUACCGAGCAGUUCGCGUCCAUGCGCGAUCUCUACAUCAAAAACGGUCAGGGCUUUGUCGUGGUUUACAGCCUGACGAAUCAUCAGACCUUCCAGGAUAUCAAGGCGAUGAAGGAGCUUAUUACGCGGGUCAAGGGCACGGAGCGCGUGCCUGUGCUGCUGGUGGCGAACAAGCUUGAUCUAGAGCAUCAGCGGGAGGUCGGCACCGAGGAGGGUCACCAGCUCGCGCAACUCUGGGGCUGCCCAUUCGUCGAGGCGAGCGCUAAGAAUCGCACCAAUGUCAACGAGAUGUUCGCCGAGAUCGUGCGGGAGAUGAACUUCAGCCCCGAGAAGGAGAAGAAGACAUACUGCUGCUGCAGCGUCCUCUAAUACUUAAUCAAAAUCCCCAAUGGUCCGGAUUAUUUAUCCACGGACCGAACUAGGUGAAGGAAAAUAUAAUAGAGUGUGUACAGUGUGUUAUGAGGAAGAGCUCAUUGUUUUCCUCUUCAUGGGCGUGCUUCGUUCUUGGUUGUUCUGGAACUUCUCAUCGCGGCUCUUUUUCGAUCCGUUAACGGAGAGGCAGCAAUCUAUUAAGGGAAGACAGUGUACAGUGGCUUUCGGGCAGACUUCAUCAGCAUGUUGUCCUGGAAAGAUCUUUGUUCUGAAAAUUUCUUCAGCCUGGAAAUCUUUCUUCAAUCUUGGAAAUCUUUUCAACCUGGAAAUUUCUACGCGAUGUGCUGCGCAUCUACCAAGGCUAACUUAUGUCGAACGUUGUAUGAAUUUUCCAACGGGGGAUUAUGAUUCUCUCCUUUUCUAACUCCGAAGACCGUCCGGCGAAUGACGGCCGUUAAACAUAGAUAUUUUAUUAUACGCGAAUAUAGUAUUAUUGUAUGUAAUAUUAUUGUAAUAUAUAUACAUAUAUAUAUAUAAAUAAUAUAGAUUUAAGAAAAAGAGAGCGAGCAAAAGGUAGCUUUUCCUCAGCAAAAGGACCAAUACUCCGCUCGCGCGAGAAAAGAGGUGUCGAAAACCAUAAACCAAACUCGAUAUCAGCUUUCUGCUCAAUUUCAGACUAAAUCGUCGCACAUAGGUUUCACAAAUUGAGGCUGGGUGCUGUGCUAAGAAAAAAAGAGGAAAUACUCGCAGACUUUGAAGGAAUCACUGUGAUUGUCGACCGUUAUGGUAUGGUGAUAGAUUCAGCGAUAAGGGACUAAGUUUGAGCAAAAGUUUAACAUGAUAUAUCGCAUGAUUUGCAUGCAGUAGUAGUGCGAAGGUUACACAAUUCUGAUUAAAAUAGGAUAAAGGUGAUUCGGUUUUGAGAAUACAUUCUUCUCUGUGCAAUUGUUCUAUAUUAAUUUAAGCUAAGGAGGCUGAUUAACGAAAGAGCAAAAUAUUACCUUAAUGUUUUUAUAUGAGACAUUGUUAGAGACAUUAAUGUACAGGGUGUGUUUUGUCUAAUGUAAUAAUUCGAAAUAUCUUUGUUGCAUUUUUAAAAAUACAAAAAGAUGUUUCAAAGAAAGUUAUUUAAUUAGAGAGGCAUUCUAAUCAUAAUCACAUUUGCCUUUCCUUUAAAUAAUUUCUUUUUAAAACAUCUCUUCAAAUAUUCCAAUAUAUAUUUCAUUUUAAAGAUCAAAACAUCCUGUAUAUCAAUUGUAUAGUCCUAACACUGAACUAUCUUAUUGUAUGCAAAAAGGGAAGGACAUUAAAAGAAUGCAGUUUUAUAUGCGACAUUCUGACAAUUAAAGGAUAACCCAACUGUUGUGAGAUUUAUUGUGAUCCGUUGUGUAGCAAAUACUAAUAUCUUAUUUUGGUUUUGCUUUAAUGUCUGUUACAACGCAAUACUGUAUUUGUAAACUCUAAUGCGCGAGAGAAGCAGAAUAAACUAAUGUAGUAGUAUGAUUAUAAAAUUGAAUUUUAAUAAAUUGAAGGCCAAAAGUUAAAGACUGCCUUUAAUGUAUUAAAAUCUAACAAAAUCGCAGACUGUUGUGACACAAUGAUGGAAAUAAUUAAGAAGACCAUUUCGUAAGGCUAUUAAUGUAACAAUGUCAAUCUAAACUCGUAAUUUGUAAGCUUUGUACGGUAAAAAGAAAUUUGUACUGCAUAAAUCGCAAGACUACACAUUUGAUCUGAUUACUAGGAUGACGACUUUAUAACGAGUGAUUUUACACACCUAUGACAGAGCACAAUAGUUUAUCCAUAGUAGAGUUUAAAAAAAAAAAUGGCGGGAAUUCGCACUGAUCCCUUCAACUGCAAAUCGUAACAUGCGUGCUACUAUUUAUCAUAAUGUGAAAAGUAUCGUAAUAACAGAAUCUCUAUAAUGUUUUUUGAGAAAUAUUAUUUGUAUAUCUCCGUACAUGAAAAAUUGUAGAAUUUAAUAUACUUCAGUAAAAAUUGUCUACAUAAUAAGAGAACAAAGAUAUUUAUAAAAAUAUCAAAUGAUUAUGUAAUUGAAAAUGCAAUUACGAUACUUUUUAUUGCUUUCGAAAAGAAAAAACCUAGACUCUAACUGUAUGAAAUAUCGUUGAUUUUGUGAAUGCAAAAAAAAAAAAACAUGUAAAAAGAAAUUAGAACACAAUGGUUCUCCUUUUCGUAAGUUGCUCGCGAAAUUGAUUGAAUGCUUUAAAAAUUUUGUAAAUUACAUUUAUUAUUUUACUUAUAAAAAUGUGAAAUUACUCUACAUUGACAGAUUGAAACAUGAAAAAGUUCUGAAAAGAGAUAUAUGAUUAUAAAAUUUAUUUUAUAAAUUUUUAUAAUCAUGUUUCUUGUUAUAUACUUAUGUAUAAUUAUACGCUUUAUUUUAAAAUUAUACUUUGCACAUUUCUCACAUCGUAAAUUUUAUAUCUAUUCUUUAUGCAAUUUUGUCGAUAAACAAUAUUUUUACAUAUACAUUUAUUAUAUUAUAUUUUGCAUUUUUUUCAUAAUAUACAAGAGCGAUACAAAUUUUUUUCCAUUUUUCUCUCUCUUUUAUAUCAAUAAAUUUUUUGAUAUAAUUUCUAAAACAUUCAACUAAUUUUGCAAGUAACUUUAAUAGUAUAAAAGGUGUGUGUAAUAUUUCUCAUGUGAUCACACAAUUUAUAUUAUCUGAUGUUAAAUAUUGUUUCCGGCGAUAAACACAGCGUAACAAAAGUCAUAUGCUAUUCAGUUCUAUUUAACCCUUGGAUACAUAAAAGGAUUAUUCUUAUUUUUUUUUUUAGGAUAUUCUCAAAGUCCUCCGAAACUAAAAACUUCUAGAAUUUAAUUUUUAGAUAAACUUUAUACUUAUUUUCUGACGAUUUUUUCAAAUUCAACGAGUUAUUUACUUUGCAUCUGUCGAUUAUUUAAAUUGUUUUUAAAUUUGUAAACAAUCCUUCAUCAGGCUACCGUUGUAUCCGAGAGUUAAAUGUAAAGUAGAAAGAUAAACGAGAAUCACUCGUGAUCCUUUGACCGAUUUUACCGAAAGAUAUUGUCUUGUUUCUGCAACAAGAUGUAUUUAUAAUUUGCGUAGCCUCUGUAUUCUAAUUUACGAUUUUAAUGCAUGUAUCGUUUGAAUCGUAUACGCGCAAUAUUAUUUUCCGAUUUUUCGAGGGAAAUUGCGGAAAAAUUAAGAGCUAAAAAAAUAAUAAAAAAAAACGAAAGAAUGAACUGAUGUACAGUAUUUCUACGAUUGGUAGUUAGAUUGAUCUUAGAUAUUUUUGGGAAGAAGUAUCUUUCAUAUACUUUGCAGAGAGAGAACACGUGUGAAAUUUUAAAUAUUGUGAAAGAGCACUAUCAGGAUAGUCUUCGACCAGCACAUUCUGUACUCUUCUUUUUUUCCAGAGCCUCGCGUGUUAAAAAAAAAGAGAGAUUAACGAGGCCGGCGCCGGAAACUGCGGUCGCGAAUUAUCUUGUGGUUCGUAGUCCAAAGACGAAGGAUAAAAAAAGGAACAUUUCGCUUUAAGCUACUACUUUGUCAUAGUCUCGUGGAAAAUUUUUAGUCUCGCUGUUCACAUAAUUCGUAACUCCGCACCUUUUGUAUAUCGAAUAACAAUAAUCGAAGCCUUUCUCUCGACUUCGAUCGAAGGGCCUCUUUGUAAAGCGUUUUAAAAUCAACGUCACCUGACUUGUGUAGCACACUUCUUAUGUUUUUCGCCUUCUCUGUUUUACAUAUAAUACCUACAUAUACAUACGAAACACAAAGGACGCACAAGGCCGUCGUCUGCCUAGAUAGCUCACCAAGUAUUUGAUAUACUUGAAAAAUCUAUUUAUAUAUUUGUGCAUGAGAAGGAGAGAGAGAAAGAUCCGCGCCAUAUGUCCCUUGCGCAUUUAACUCUGAAGAUUGCAUGCGCUAUUUUUUUAAAGCGGCGUCUAAAAAAUUUUCUCGCAAGGGAUUGAUCUAUAAUAAGGAAACGAAUUUUAAUUAUAAUAAAAUUAUAAUAAAAUAAUUUUUAUUUGGGGAGCUAUCAUCGGCGGAGAAGAGCAUCAAGAAAGGAUUGCGCUGGAGACCUGGCGGCGGCCAGCAUAUCAUACAUCUAAGGACCAGAAUUGUUUCUCUCUCCUUCAAAUUUUAUUUCACGAUCGGCGAAUCAGUUAUCUUCCUACGUGUCGAAGAAACAUCGUGAAAAAUCGUAACGCGAUAUACAAAGAUGUGUAUAAUGCAACAAUUCGCGUACAGUUGGAGAUACGUGCGCAUGUUAUGCAACUGGGUCACGCACAUACAUAUAUUAAUUAAUAAUUGGAGUAAAGAGUAAAAAAAAAGAAAAACACCACGAUUUAGAUAUGUGUAUAUCGGCCUUUCAGUACUACUACCUGCGUAUCUGAUAUAUUGAGUACGAAAUACGUUAUAUAUUUUUUACAAUGUGAAGAAUCUGUAAAUAUAUAUUAUAUAGCGAGUCGAAGUAUACAUAAUAAAAGCUAAUUAUCUUGAAA